AGGUUUGCUAAGGUAGGAAAAAAGAAGCAAAAGAAACACUACGAAAGAAUUCGUUAAAAAGAUGCAGAUUAGGAAGAGAUUCGCCGGCAUAAAUUAUUAACACACAAGAGUGAAAUCCCGCAUAUUCGAUAUAAAACGACAUUUCUUGCACAUUUUCGCUUUCAGUUCGUUUUUAGCUCCGGUUGCGCUUGGAUUUACUGUAGUGGCAAUGCAGAUCCUUAAAGUGUUGCUAGUAGUGUUUUUGGUGAUUAACAUAACGACCGGGUUCUUCUUCAAGAAGAAGAAAAAAGUGUACGUCCAUCAUGCUCCGGCAGUGCAGCAACCGCAGUAUCCGUAUGGCUACGCCUACAACUAUUACUAUCAACCUGCGCCGUACUACUAUUAUCAGCCAACCAGCGUGAACACUGUUCCGGUGCCGGCGACGUAUCCGGAACCGGUACACACCGUGGCACCCGUGGCCUACCAGCAGCCUGACUAUCAGGCAGCAAGUUACGCCGGCAGCUCGCACCAGCAGUCGUUGCCUGCCUACCAGGCAGCAAGUUACGCCGGCAGCUCGCACCAACAGCCGUUGCCUGCCUACCAGGCAGCAAGUUACUCCGGCAGCUCGCACCAGCAGCCGUUGCCUGUCUCCCAUGCAGUGAAUUUCGCUGGCAGCUCCCACCAGCAGGCAUCGGCUGUCUCCCAAGCAGCAAGUUUCGCUGGCAGCUCCCACCAGCAGGCAACGGCUGUGUCCCAAGCAGCAAGUUUCGCUGGCAGCUCCACCCAGCAGGCAUUGCCUGCUUUCGAAGCAGUAAGCUUUAAUGGCAACUCUAAUCAGCAGGCAUUGCCGGCAUUCGGAUCAAUACGGUUGAAUAGUAACUCCAACCAGCAGGCUUUGCCAGCAGUAGAAUCUAAUGGCAACUCCAGAAACGUCGAAGUUAUACCAUCCGUCGGGUUCCGGAUGGGCACCGUGACCAAUGUAAUAGAGGUGCUAAAGUCGGAAGGUAGACACAUUGAGCUACCAGCGGAAAUCGUUCCUAUAAACGAUGCAGCACCUUUACCGGUGUUCACUGCGCAAAGUCAGGGACGAACCGCGAGUACGGAAACCCUAUCCUCCAGAAUUCAGGAAAGUGAACCAUCACUGGGUACGGUUGUUGAAGAGGUACAACAGCCAAUUACUGUAUCCGAAGAUAUCCAAGACGACACUGCAGAAGUUAUCCAAGAGUUGCCCCCAUCAGUCAGCGGUGGAGCCAAUCUUAUAGUGUUACCGGAUUCGGCAGCCGACAAUAUUGAGUUGCCCGUGCGAAUCGAAGAAACAGCAGGCUUACCGGCCGAUAACGCAGGUACGAUACUCGUGUCGGUAAAUAACGAUCAAACAGUAACCCUGCCAGAAACUGACGAUCAAACUGUAGGCCUGGCGGAUGCAAGCCUAGUAGCUGUAGACCUACCGGAAGCAAACGAUCAGUCUUUAGGACUGCCGGUAGCUGAUGGCCAAACUGUAAGUUUGGCGGGUGCAAGCGUAUUUAAUGUAGGCUCGGCGGUGGAUGUAGAUCAAACUGCAGAUCUACCUGUAAAUGUGGAUGAAACUGAAGGCCUUUCGCUAGAUGGCGAUCAAACGCUAAACGUGCCUGUAGAUGACGUUCAAACUGUAGGCCUGCGGAUUGGCGAUAACACUGACCUAUCCAUUGCCGGUGGAGAUACGAAACCCGCAACAGUAAAUACGCGCGAUGGAAGCAGUGACGAGUCCGGGAAAGAGAACGCGCAGCCUGUACUGAGCAGUGUGGCCAUUGUUCCAAAUCGACUGUCCGAUAAUGUGGUCACGUACCAGUUGCAGUCACCGGAUGUGGAGCCACUUUCGUUUCCCGAGGUUCAGCAGGUGCUGCAGAAGCUGCUGCAGCGCGAUAACUUUGACGAGAAACGGCUCAAGAAGGAUGUGACGUCCAGUGGAGGGUAUAAAACGUCCAACGGAGUACAGAUCGACCCGCAAGUCAGCUACAGUCGAGUGGCUCGCCAAUAAAGCAUGAGGAUACCGCUUUAAAUAGAUUUUGUUUUAGAAUUUGUAUUUUUUACAUUAACUAACAUUAGUCUUAAUAUCAAUUACCAAUGGGGCUUAUUGGAUUGAAGGUGAAGGUGCGUAAAUCCCUUUCUAAUUAGGUUAAACUCGCGAAUGGGUUCAUACUAGAAACGUUUGGACUUUGCGCGAUGAUACGAUAGUACUUCAACGGAUGAGUUUUUGGGUCAGAGCCCUGUGGUAUAGUAGUCAAGCCGAACGACCAAAUAAGUUAUCUUGUCGCCAUCAUAGACUUGAAUCUCGUGCGUGACAGAGAAUCGAUUCCGAAGAACCUGAAUUAUUUGUGAGACUCACACCAUUCAGUUUACAGCAGUGGUUUUCAACCUUUUCGAAAGCAUUUCCCCCCAUGCAGGGUGCAUGUUGGAUUUCAUUCCCCCCUUACAAUUUCAUGAGCGGGGGAGAGCGUGGCAAUUCGUAGUAUUUAGCAAAAUUUUGAUCGAAAACCACCCCCAAAAAUAAUCAAAAUUCAAUUCAAAUAAUCAAACCUCCGGUGUGAGGAAUUCCCCACGCGGUUGAAAAUCGCUGGUUUAAAUAUAAGGAGCUACUACUACUACUACUACCACUGCUACUACAACCCAUAAAGUGGUUUUUUGGAGGACAACAACACAGGCCUUGACCGACUACGACAGAGUGCUGUGGUUUUGUUGCCAAAUAAGAGAUAAA